CAACCAACUUCCAUUUUCUGCAACUCCCUCUAUUACCGUGAAAAAGAAGAAAAUCUAUUUCAUUAAACAACUUGUUCUACUCUGUGCUUUAACCCUUUAUAUGUUUCCUUACCAGGUUUCAACCAUGGAGUUUCCAAAUCAAGAAGCGGAAAGCUCUUCGCAUAGAAAAAUAGGAAGAGGCAAAAUUGAGAUCAAGCGGAUCGAAAACACCACAAAUCGACAGGUCACCUUCUGUAAACGCCGCAACGGAUUGCUCAAGAAAGCCUAUGAGUUGUCUGUCUUGUGUGAUGCUGAGAUUGCUCUCAUCGUCUUCUCCACCCGCGGUCGUCUCUAUGAGUAUGCCAACCACAGUGUCAGAGGAACGAUAGAAAGGUACAAGAAAGCAUGUUCGGAUGCCUCAAACCCGGUAUCAGUUACUGAAGCUAAUACUCAGUUUUAUCAGAAAGAAGCCUCAAAACUAAGGAGACAAAUUCGUGAUAUUCAGAACAUGAACAGGCAUAUUCUGGGUGAGGCUCUUAGUUCUUUGUCAGUUAAGGAUCUCAAGAACUUGGAGGGAAGAUUGGAGAAAGGAAUCAGCAGAAUUAGAUCAAAAAAGAACGAAUUAUUAUCCACUGAGAUCGAGUACAUGCAAAAGAGGGAAAUUGAGCUGCAGAAUGAUAACAUGUACCUGCGAGCAAAGAUAGCUGAGAAUGAGAGGAUUCAACAGGAGCAACAGGAGCAGCAGUCAAACAUGUUGCAAGGCUCAGUAUAUGAGCCUGUGCCUUCACAACACUAUAAUCGAAACUUCCUCCCUAUUAACCAAUACUCCAAUGAAGACCAGAUUGCUCUCCAACUUGUAUGAACUACAAGAAGGCCAGCUGCCAGUAUUCUGUGUGCCCAGAAAUAUGGUUUAUCAACAGGGAUAACUAGUUUGUUUUAAGUUUCCAAGAAAAUGGAGGUUACUGACUUGGUUUUCAGUACACAAGACUCCUUUUAACUGUGUUAAUUAGUUGCAAGCAUGCCGUUUGGAUAUAUAUAAAUCACAAAAACCAACCAUGAACUAAUCUGUGCUGCCUUCUUAUUAGAUGUUUGUCAUCAAACAUAUGCAUUUAUAUAUAUAUAUCCCUUUCUAUUGUGUAAUUUGGCAACUUUGGGUGUCUCCUAGCAAGUAUCCCUAAUACAUAUGUCUGUACUAC